AUGAACAAGAGUUUAGCUUUAUCUGAUGAUGGUUCAAUUUUGGCUGAGUUGAAGGCUAGACCGUUAUUUUUACAACAAAUUUGUGAAGCUCAGAAGAAUGAUAGUGAAUUACAAGCCAAGAAAUCUCAGUGUGAAUCAGUAAAAGCUGAACAUCAGGUGCCUUCAGGUUUACUUCAGCCAAUAAUGAUUCCUGAGUGGAAAUGGGACAGAAUCACGAUGGAUUUUGUGACAGAAAUUGAAAUUCGACCAGAUAUGACCUAUGAGGAAAAACCGAUAAAGAUUUUGGCUCAGGAAGUUAAACAGUUGAGGAAUAAAAGUACAGCUUUAGUGAAAGUGUUGUCGAAAAGACAAGGAAUAGAAGAGGCUAUGUGGGUACUGGAGGAAGUUAUGAGAGAACAGUACCCAAACCUCUUUUCCGAAUGUGAAGCUAACCAUGAUGUACCAAUUAUUCUUGGAAGACCAUUUCUUGCUUCUGGUAGGACCCUAAUUGAUGUGCAGAAAGGCGAGCUAACCAUGAGACCUCCUAAACCAUAUGUAAAGGAAUCUCCCGUACUAGAGUUAAAGCUUCUACCACAACAUUUCAAAUAUGCGUAUUUGGGAAAUAAUAGUACUUUGCCAGUUGUAAUUUCUAAUAAGCUAACAACUGAGCAAGAGGACAUGUUGUUAAAAGUGUUACGGCAAUGUAAAAGAGCACUGGGUUGGACCCUUGCCGAUAUAAAGGGAAUUAGCCCUACAUUUUGUGUACACAAAAUUUUUUUCGAAGAUUGCCAUAGCAAAUCCAUUGAACAGCAGAGACGACUGAAUCCAAUUAUGGAUGAAUUUAUCAAGAAUGAAAUUAUCAAGUGGCUUAAUGCUGGCAUUAUUUACCCAAUUUCAGAUAGCUCAUGGGUAAGUCCUGUCCAAUGUGUACCCAGGAAAGGGGGUGACACAGUAGUAAGUAAUGAAAACAAUGAGCUAAUACUGACUCGUACUGUUACGGUAUGGAGAGUGUGUAUGGACUACUACAGGCUUAAUAAGACAACUAGGAAGGAUCAUUGCCCUUUGCCAUUCAACGAUCAAAUGUUGGACAAAUUAGCUGGUAAGGCUUUUUUUUGCUUCCUAGAUGGUUAUUCAGGAUAUAAUCAGAUUGCCAUGGCACCUGAAGAUCAAGAGAAGAACAAUUUUACGUCUCCAUAUGGUACUUUUGCAUUCAAGCGGAUGCCAUUCGGGUUAUGCAAUGCCCUAACAACUUUCCAGCACUGCAUAAUGGCCAUAUUGUCAAACAUGGAGGAAAAUUUCCUUGAAGCUUUUAUGGAUAACUUCUCUAUGUUUGAAAAUGAUUUUGAAGAUUGCUUAAGGAAUUUGAAGAUGAUUUUACACCGCUGUGAAGAAAUGAAUCUAGUAUUAAACUGGGAGAAAUGCCAUUUAAUGGCUUUCGAGGAAAUCAAGAAGCGACUAGUAGCAGCACCAAUUGUGGUUGCUCAAGAAUGGACAUUGCCCUUUGAACUUAUGUGUGUGACACGAGUGAUUAUGCUAUGUGAGUAG